AUGGCCAGCCUGAAAACGGUUGCUGUGGGUGCUGGAUACAAUGGUGCUUUACCUAAUGGAGACAGAGGCCGGAGGAAAAGUAGAUUUGCCCUCUAUAAACGACCCAAAGCUAAUGGAGUCAAACCCAGCACGGUCCACGUGAUAUCCACGCCACAGGCAUCCAAGAAAUCAGUCCAGAACCUGGAGGACCUUACAAAAGCAAUCAGCUGCAAAGGUCAACACAGUAUAUCAUACACUCUGUCAAGGAAUCAGACUGUGGUGGUCGAAUAUACACACGAUAAAGAUACGGAUAUGUUUCAGGUGGGCAGAUCAACCGAGAGCCCCAUUGACUUCGUCGUCACAGACACAGUUUCCGGCGGUCAGAACAGUGACGAAGCCCAGAUCACACAAAGCACCAUAUCCAGGUUUGCCUGCCGGAUUGUCUGUGACAGGAAUGAGCCUUAUACAGCACGGAUAUUCGCAGCUGGAUUUGACUCUUCCAAAAACAUAUUUCUUGGAGAAAAGGCAGCAAAAUGGAAAAACCCCGAUGGCCACAUGGACGGGCUCACUACAAAUGGGGUCCUGGUGAUGCAUCCCAGAGGGGGCUUCACUGAGGAGUCCCAGCCUGGGGUCUGGCGCGAGAUCUCCGUCUGCGGAGAUGUGUACACCUUGCGAGAAACCAGGUCAGCCCAGCAGAGGGGAAAGCUGGUGGAAAGUGAGACCAACGUGCUGCAGGACGGCUCCCUCAUCGACCUGUGCGGGGCCACCCUGCUCUGGCGGACCGCCGACGGCCUCUUCCACGCAAAAACUCCAACUCCUGUGAUGUGGGAGCUCAGUAUUGUUGUUGGGGCACUUUUGAGAGUGUAA